AUGAAUAAAACAAUACUAGAGCUUCCAUUCUCCGGUAAAUUUUUUGUUCGAAAUCUUUAUAACUUUCCGCAGAAGAUUGAAAUCUAUGACCCAGAUAACUGCCUUGAGAAACGUAUUUUGAAGUUGAAUCUAUCGGGUACAGCUUAUCAUCUUGGUGAGCAUGGUGUUUCAUAUCAGAAAUAUUCGUUCCUUAACUGCUCUUCAUCGAUUGAUAGUCUUCUUAAAAUAACAACAAAGUUGACACACAUCCGUUGCCUAAGUAGCUCCACACACACAGUUAUCACUGCAGAUGUUCCGACUGCAAAUAAUUUUUCCGUCAAUACAAGUUGUUUGCAUAUUGCUGAUGUUCCGAUCCCAUAUUCACCGAUUCAGAAGGGCGUUCCAGUUGAUUUGAAUGAAAAUUUUGUUCUGUCUUAUCUCACUUGUAAAAAGAAAAGUGAUCGAAUGAAAGUUCUCAUAAUUACUCUUGUCAGCAUUUUCUACGGAUUGCCAUGUUUAUCAAUCCUGAUAGUUUGGUGCUAUCUUUGGUUACGCUCCGGCUCCCAACGGAGCAAUGUACGUGCGAGUAUGCGUUGCUUCUUCACAUGUAACGACACAUUUGGAGAAUAAAAAAUGU